AUGCUUGAUGAGGAUAUUGCACUUAUGAAGAAAGUGCUUCCCAAAGGUAACAGUUGUUCAGAAAAUUUCGACCAGGUAAAAAGGAUGUUGGCUGGCCUCGGUCUUGAUCACCAAAAGAUAGUCGCUUGCGUCAAUAACUGCUUCUUGUAUUACAAAGACAACAAGGAUGAAGUUGAGUGCCCACACUGCUACGAGCCAAGGUAUGAAGCUUCCACUUCAUCUAAGGAGAAAAAGCCCAUUCCUAGGAAGGUUCUUCGUUACUUCCCGUUGGGUCCUCAUUUGCAACAUCUGUACAUGUCUUCACAUACAGCCAAACAUAUAAGAUGGCACCAGGGAGAGGAGAGGAUAGAUCCGGAUAAUCUCACAAACCCUGCAGACGGGGAGGCUUGGAAGCACUUUGACCGUUCUUUUCCUGAAUUUGCUGGAGACUGUCGAAAUGUCAGACUCGGACUUGCAACAGACGUAUUCAAUCCUACUGGAAACAUGAAUUUGUCUUACAACAUUUGGCCUGUGAUAGUAUUUCCGUACAAUCUACCUCCCAACAUGUGUAUAAGGAAAGAGUACAAUUUCCUUACGCUUAUGGUUCCAGGGCCGUGUUCUCCAGGAAAGUGCUUGGAUGUGUACAUGAGACCAUUAAUUGACGAGUUGCAGGAGUUAUGGAAAAAUGGACUCCCUACUUUUGACAGGCAUGGUCAAACUUCAUUCAUGAUGAAAGCAGCUGUUAUUUGGACCAUCAGUGAUUUUCUAGCUUACGGGAUGUUGUCUGGCCAACAAACUAAGGGGUACAAGGCUUGCCCGAUAUGCAUAGAUGACGUCAAUUCUAGUUGGCACGCCGACAAAAUUUGUUUCUUGAGAUCUCGUAGACAUCUUCCCGAGGAUCAUGAGUGGCGGUGGGAUGCUAAUGCAUUUGAUGGGACUGAGGAGCAUAAUCCGAAACCCCUAGGGAGGUCUGGUGAGUGGAUUUUGGAGAGGCUUAACCAGCACUUGUACGGAUAUUUGACCACGAGUAAAGAAGUAACUGACUUGAAUCCUCCCACGCCUGAUGAGUUUAAACACAACUUGGAUGUCAUGGACAUAGAGAAGAAUGUUUGUCACAGCGUUCUUGGAACAAUUCUGAAUCUCAAACAUAAGAACAAAGACACCCCCAAAGCCCGUGUUGAUCUUAAGAUGAUGGGUAUACGCCCCCAGCUAUGGCUAGUAGAGAGCAAAAAAACAAAAAAAGCCAUAAUGCCGAAAGCAGGCUACACAGUCCAUCCUCAAAAGAAGGUAGAAGUGUUUCAGUGGUUUGGAAACGUUAAGUAUCCUCACGGGUAUGCAGGGAAUAUCGCUCGAUGUGUUAAGAUGGGGGAAAAUAAGAUUAGUGGGUUGAAGACUCAUACAAUUUCCGUCGCCUAA